GCGCGAGCUACUUUUGGCUUGCGGUAUUGAGCACAUCGUUGUGACCAUCACGUUGUUGACGUUGGGAUGAUCGCCGAUCUGACCACGGUUUAGAGCAGACGGCGUUGCCCGGUUCGGGUCAUCACCCUUCAGUCGGCACACAUUCCCAGGGGCCAUCAACAUCCUCGUAUGCCGUAGCGACCGUUCGGGACUGAAAACAUGCCGAAUCUGGCCGCGAUUGCGCUGCGGGGAUGGGCGUCACGCUGGGGCUUGCACGUGAGCAAGAGGUUGACGGCCCACCGACUUCGCGCCCAGCUGCCGUCUGCGAUUGCAAGCAGCAGCGCAGCGGGCCCAUCCCCCGCAGUUGUGUCAGCUGCUUUCCACAUGUCAUCUACUGCAUGUGUCAGGGCGGAGAGCAUGACAAGCGAACGGCGACGUCUGCCCCGGGUCGCUUCGGCGAACGACCUGCCGGUGCGCGAGGCCCAGGACGAUCUCAUGAGCAUUGUGCUGGGCAUGGACUUCGGCGAGCCGGCCCUCGCCGAGGCGAUGAAGGCCCUCGGCGGCGCGCUCGAGUACAACCUCCCAGGGGGCAAGCGCACCCGACUGCUGGCCGUCGUCCAGACCUACGAGCUCCUCGCAGAAGAGGCGGCCCCGCACUUGCACCUGGCCUGCCUGGUUGGCUGGUGCGUUGAACUGCUCCAGUGCUACUUCCUCAUGUUGGACGACAUCAUGGAUGGAUCAACAAUACGCCGCAGCCACCCAUGCUGGUACACGCGCCCUGACGUGGGACUGCGGGCCAUCAACGACGCCCUCUUCCUCGACAAAGCCCUUGGCUGGGUGCUACGGCAGCGUGUCCGUUCACUGCCCUGCUACCUUCCGUUGCUGGAGCUCUUCCAUGAGGGUGACCUCCGCACCGUGCUCGGCCAGGAAAUGGACAUGGUGUCUGCCGCUGCACACAGCAAGUGCGAGUUCACGAUUGACCUCUACUGGGCCACGGUCACAUUCAAGACGGCCUUCUACUCCUUCGCUCUGCCCAUCCGUGCUGGAAUGCUUCUGGCAGGCAUCGAGGACAGCUCGUUACAUGAGCAGGCACAGGAAGCAGCGCUGGCCCUCGGUCGCAUCUUCCAGGUGCGCGAUGACUACAUAGACUGCUUCGGCUCGGUCGAGGACAUUGGCAAAGUGGGCACUGACAUAGUGGACCGCAAAUACUCCUGGCUUCUGGUUACUGCUCUUCAAGUUGCGUCACCGCAGCAGGCCGAAACCAUACGGGCACACGUGGGACGUGGUACCCCUGGCGGCGCUGACGAGGCAGCAGUGAAGGCAGUCUACAGGGAGCUGAACCUCCCAGGCCUCUAUGCAGCCUACCGCGAAAAUGCCUUUCGCGACCUCGAUGCCCAAAUCAACCAGCUGCCCCCCAAGCUGGCCGAAGUGUUGCGUCUCCAGAGGGAUGCGUUAUUGAAACUAGACUCGUAGCCACCUGCCCCCAUUACCUUCAUAUCUCUAACGGACAUUAUAUACCAGCUCUAAAUGUGAGUGUACAUUAAAACCGCAUCUCUUUGCUUACUCAUCUAUUUUCCAACCAGCGUCACACACGUGUCACACAUCAUUUAUCAAUUUAAGUUGCUUCCAGAAUAAAAUAUCUCUAUACCAUG